GACGAUGUGAAAAGACAGUGAUUAAGAGCUGAUCCAUGUUAUUAACAGGUGAUCCACAGAAGGUGUUGUCAAAACUCUGCUUGAAUUAUCUUUAUAUAUGUAAAGUCCAUACAUACAUUUUUCUACGAGGAUGAACAAUGUCAGUGCAGACGGAAGUGUUUUAAAUACGACAUUAGAGAAUUUCAGUCCAUUCGUCUACGCUAUAAAUUAUAUUGCCUUAUUUGUGAGCUUGGUUAUCAUAAUAUUAGAACUCGUUGCAGUAUUUGUUCUUCUAAGAUGUAGAAGAAUACCAUUAUGCAGCCGCAUUUUAUCUACAAGUUUUAUUCUCAGCGAUGCAGCAGGAGCUUGCAUAUUUGCUGUUCAUCAGAUUACGAUAUUUAUUGUUGGGAUUAAGAAUGACGUCAUAUUUAACUCUAGAAUUCUGACCGUGGGAGCCAUGUUAACAGUCUCGUGGGCGUCUGUGGCAACUAUGUCCCUAGAGAGGGUCAUUGCUUUAAAGAUGAAUAUAAAAUAUAACUUGAACUCUUCAAAACUGAGAAUUUAUCUUAUAGUAAGUCUCAUAUGGAUUGUCAACAUUGUUGUUGUUGUAGCUGCUAUCGUUAUGGGUUUUUACUUCCAUUGCGUUUCGGAAAAUGCCACUUGUGAUUUGUGGGAGGCAACUAAGGCCGGUCGGUUUGUUAUGAUGAGUCUUUUGAUUUUCUAUGAAAUUAUUCUUGUCGUUUCUUACGUCAUUAUACACGGUAUAGCAUCUAAACAUGCGAAAAAUAUCAUUGCACCACAAACGACGUCAUUUGAACAAGCACAUAACAACCCUGAAUCUUUGACAAGGCGUCAGUAUACAGCUACAAUAGCUAUAAUCAAGAUAGUGUUUGCUUUUAUGUUCUUGCAUGCACCAAUAGUCAUACAUCUUAUCGUUUUUGAGACCCAACCCUAUUUACAUAACGACAGCAUUAGGCGCUUAUUCCAUGCUCUAAGCUAUUUCUGUAUUCAAAUAAACUCAUUUGUAAGUGUGCGUUUAUACGUCGCGAAAAUUGAUGAAUGUAAGUUAACAUUUUACCUGAUGUUAUCACGCAUUAUGAAGAAAUAUGAAAAUGAGGCAGAGUCAUUGAGGGUAAAAGUAUAUGAUAUUGUUGUAUCUACAAAGUCUGAAUUUGUUGGAAGACAGCUAAAAUUAACUGAAAUACCCACGUCAGUUACUGAUGUUCCUGAAACUGACACGUGUUAAUUCAAAAGACAGAGAAACUGACACGCGUUAACUCAUCAGAUAGAGAAAAUGACAUGUGUAAACUCAUCAGACAGAGAAACUGACACGUGUUAAUUAAUUACAAAGAGAAACUGACACGUGUUAACUUAUCAGAUAGAGAAACUGACACGUGUUAAUUAAUUACACAGAGAAACUGACACGUGUUAACUCAUCAGAUAGAGAAACUGACACGUGUUAAUUAAUUACACAGAGAAACUGACACGUGUUAACUCAUCAGACAGAUAAACUGACACGUGUUAACUUAUCAGACUGAGAAACGGACACGUGUUAACUCAUCAGAUAGAGAAACUGACACGUGUUAAUUAAUUACACAGAGAAACUGACACGUAUUAACUCAUCAAAUAGAGAAACUGACACGUGUUAACUCAUCAGAAUGGGAAACUGACACGUGUUAACUCAUCAGAAAGAGAAACUGACACGUGUUAACUCAUCAGACUGAGAAAUUGACACGUGUUAACUCAGGAUGAGUCAUUUUCAAUGACACUUUUAUAUGUUUUACAAAAAAGAAAGAAGCAUAUUUGAAACUUUUCAAAAAGUUAACUCUGUAUCAUAGAAAAACCUGAUGCUAUGUGUGUGUGUUUUGGUGGAAUUUGUUAUUUCUUGAAAGGAAUAGAUUGUGAAACAGUGUCCAACACUGUUUACUUGAUAUAAUAAGAAUCAAAUAAUGAAUGAAUACUGAGAUUUAGGACAAGGGGGGUAAUCUCUAUAUUGUUUGUAUUGGAGAUUGAAUAUUUUUAGGUCGGUGCUGGGAGGGGGGUGUAGGGGCGUGAGAAACGUUGAACCUUUCAUUAUCCCUUGCGAAUAGACAAUCAAAUAUAGUCUGCAAUUUGUAUCUUUUAAUAGUUUAUUUGAUCUUGAGGGGACUUACUUUCCAGAAUCUAGAUAUGUAUAAAAGUACUUUUAAUAUUAAUAUUUAUUGUAUACGUGUUUGUAAUAUAAUCAUGUUUAAUGUGAUAAGGUGCUCUCAUUUAUCUUCAAAUUUCAUUAAAGUGCUCGUAUAUCUAUUCCGAAUUUAAACAAUAUAACAUGUGACAGAAAUACAUGUUCAUGUAUAUACCAGUUUCAGUUUCAGGUUUUUUUUGCAUACAAAAUACCUUUGACCAUUUACAAAUAUAAAUAUAUACCUUUCACAAACCAGAUGUAAAUAUGAUAUACAUGUAUUUGAAUCAUGACAUAAGUUGUACGAUUUCUACAUUAUGUAUAAUAAAUAAAUAUAUUUUACAGCAGAUGUUAUUUAUAAAUUUGUCAAUGACCUUCUUUGCCUGAUUUUUUAUUUGUUUGGGUCGUCAGACCAAACAAAUAAUGGUAGCGAAAUAUCAGAGCCUAAUGCUGUUAAUUGCAAAUGCCUAAAGUAGUCCACUUUUUUGAAGCGGUUACUUCCCUUUAUAUGUACACUAACGCCGAAAAAUUCAGGGGAGAUCAGUGCGUAAAGAUUGUCAAAUGACAGGCGCAUUAAUUUUCAAGCAAAGUAGUUCCCGAAUGGUCGAAGAUUUCUAAUAUUGUUUCAUUCUUUAUAGAUAUACAUGCUUACAGUAAGCUCCAUGAUUAUUUACAUCUGUGUUAAACAACAGGUUUAGCGACGAAAUAAUAAUAGUUACAAACCCUAAUUUACAAUACUAUUGUUUUCUUCAGGCCGUUUACAUAUAACUUCACCGUGGCCGAGGGGUUUGCACGCUCGCUUAUGAAUCGAGAGGUCUGAAGUUCAAAUCCCAGAUGAGGCCACCCUUUUUUUUUAAUUGUUUAAGUCAAAUAAACAUUGAAUUGACUAUCAGUGUUGCAAUUAGUCUUAUAGCCAAUAUUUACUACAGUAAAAACACUGGAAAGCAUUGGUGGCACUAUACAAAAACAAAUUGGUUUAUAAUCUCACAACCUUCACCUUUCUGACAUUCUGAGACCCAAACAAAUUCAGCGCCUUCUGUGCUU